AUGGGACUCCAAGUGCGAGGAGGCUUUCCAGGAGCUGAAGCUCUACCUCUCCACGCCCCCGGUCCUUUCGAAACCCGAGCCCGGCGAACGCUCUACCUGUACAUCUCGGUGUCCAGAUCGGCAGUCAGCGGCGUUCUAAUCCGUGAAGACAGAGGGGAUCAGAAGCCGAUCUUCUAUGUCAGCAAGACCCUGGACGACACGGAAACGCGCUACCCAACGCUAAAAAAGCUAGCCCUCGUAGUCGUCACCCCGACGCAGUCUGGCCGCAUCGCCAAGUGGGCAGUAGAGUUAAGCGAAUACGAUAUCGAAUAUCGUAACCGAACAUGCGAGAAAUCCCAGGUCCUGGCCGACUUCCUGAUCGAGCUCCCCCCGGACAUGAUCGGCGCCGACCCCAACGUAAGAGAAAGCUGGACACUGCACGUAGACGGUUCAUCCUCAAGGAACGGCUCUGGGAUCGGCAUUCGAUUGGAAUCCCCGACAGGCGAAAUCCUCGAACAAUCGUUCCGCCUGGCAUUCCCGGCAUCCAACAACGAAGCUGAGUACGAGGCCCUCAUCGCUGGAUGCGCCUGGCGAAGGAGAUCGGCGCCAAAAAACUGCAAGCGUACUGCGACUCCCAGCUCGUCGCCAACCAGUUCAGCGGAGAAUACGUCGCCAAAAACGAUAGGAUGGACGCCUAUCUCAAAGUGGUUAAGUCUUGGCUCGAGAGUUCGACACUUUCGCCUGACAAAAAUCCCCCGAAGCGAUAACUCCUCUGCCGAUGCGCUCGCCGCUCUCGCCUCCACCUCAGACCCCGACUACGCAGAGUGA